GUUUUAGAGCGCGCGGAUCAGAUUUGUAGCAUUGGAGGUCGUUUGCCUCAGUUUACUUAAAUUGUUGCUACUGGUGUAAUGGAUAUGUUAUUUGGUCGUGUGGUGUAAUUUUAAGCGUUCUCUAGCAUCACAUGGAUCGCAAAAUGCCGACAGUUUAUGCGCGUCUAACAACGGGAAAAACCACAUAUGAAAUGGUAAAACAUCAAAUUACAAUAGGUCGGGGUUCAGCCGUGUACCCCGUUGACAUUGAUAUAGGCUGUUCUUCUUAUGUUUCUCGGCAACAUUUAGAAAUUAUCUGGAAAACUGACUGCUUGAAACUUAAGUGCAAAGGCAAGAAUGGAAUUUUUAUUGACCAAAAUUUUCGACCGUACAGUUCCCAGUUUCUAUCCAUCCCACCAAGGUGCGUUCUUCGAUUUCCAAGCACAUCUAUUUGCGUCCAAAUAGAACAGUGUUUCAUGUCUUAUGAAAAGAGUAAUAGUUAUGCAAACUACGUGUCUUCCCUUAAACUGGAUUCAUACGGGUCUGGAAAUAGUUGUUCACCUGUGAAUGGUGAUAAUCAACCUUCUCCAAGGAUUAGUUCAAAGACCUUCAAUUUUAUUGGACCCUCAGAAAACUUGAUCACAACAACCAGUCGCACACGUCGCAAACAAGCACUAAUACCAGCCUGUAGAACGACUUAUGGCAACGUUCACUAUUCUAAUGUUCAGAAGAACACAACUAGUGAUGUAUCUUGUGAACUAAAGAAUACCUCGGAUACGUAA